AUGGUCUCUCGGAGGGCCUGGCAGCGAAGGAACAGAAAGGGUCUAGGAGUUCAUCAAAAAACGGACCGAGAGCCGGGCUUCGGUGGGGUUCGGGAAAAGCCGGAGAGGGCGAGAACGCGGACGCCGGACGGAGAUGCCGACGGCAGCGCGGCUUCCGCGCGCGCCAGGCCGCCCGGUUUAAAUCUCCCGCCUCCCGCAGCCGGAGCCCGACACCUCCACGCACGGGUGCGGAGGGGCACGGGCUGCGGGAGUGGCCCGGUGGCGUCGCGGGGCUCGCGGGUGGCGGCGGCGGGAACGGGUGCUGUGACGGACCUCCGCGCAGUUAAGCGCGACCCGAGCUGGCGGAGGACCGGCGCGUCGCGGUUCCAGCGUCGCGGUGAGAGCCUGCGGCCUCCCAGUGGCGGUCAGGCCGCGCCCUCUCCGGGCCUGGCGGGCCGGAGGCCAAACCCUCGUUUCCGUGGCGACGCCCUGAGGUGGAAGCGCGGCGGGAGGCGCCUGCCACGCGCGCACGCUGUCUCUCGAGGCCUCGCCGGCCCCUGCGGCCUCCCCCUGGGACGAAGUCCUGGUCCGCGCUCCUCCGGGCAGAACCCGCAAGGAGUGGUUUCUGGCGAGGCUGGGUCCUCUCCGGACGAGAGGAGCUUUCCUUCACGCCGCCCCGGUAGCGAACGUGCGCACCAGCCUGAGGCUUAUUUGGGUGAUUUCUCUGGAAGGUGGAGAUCGCUUCCAUUAGAGGCCAGAUCUUCUGUGUUGUCCAACUGCUGUGUUGGACUGUAGCCCAAGUCCAGCACCGCCUUGGUUCAAUUUCUUCAACUCGCAUUGA